AGAUAUAUUUAUUUUUUAAAUGGUAAUGAAUAUCACUAUUAAUCAUGUUAGGGAGUCGACGCAUAUAAAAAGACAAGAGUAUAAAGGAAUGUUGGAAGAAAAGUAACAUCAACAAACCUUUAUUUGAAAUUAUUGAUCAAGGUAAUGAUUCUUGAAUUUAUUAUAGUUAUAUAAAUUCUUAGCCAGAAGAACGGAUUCAAAUUUCAAUGCUACAGUUUUAAGAAGACUUUAAUAAACAAGAACUGCCAGAUAUCCAAUAAGUGUAAGCAGACUUGUGAAAUAAAUUAAUACUGCUAAAGAUAAGACAAGAACAUUAGUAGUUGUUGGCACUGUUACAGAUGAGUAAUCAUAUAUAUCAUGAUGCAUUUAGUGUACGUCUACUCACUGUUCCUAAAAUUAAUGUUUGUGCUCUUAGAUUCACAGAAACAGCUAGAAAGAGAAUUCAAGCAGCUGGUGGAAAAACUUUGACUUUUGAUCAAUUAGCAUAAUAAAAUCCUACAGGUAUAUUUUCCAUUUAUUAUCUAAAAGGCACUGGAACUAUUCUAUUGAGAGGACCAAGAGUAAGAGAAGAAUUAAAGCAUUUCGGCAGGGCUUCUGGAUUGCCUGGUUCACAUGCAAAACCAUAUGUUAGUCAUACUGCUAGAAAAGGUAAAGGAGCAAGAUGAUUCUUAUUUAAGUACAUUAAUAUAUAAAAAUAUUUAAAUUUUUA